UUGCUGUGAAAAUUUGUGCCGACUGACAAGUUUUUAAAUACCACUCUGGAGAUUUUUGGAGUAGACUUGCGGACAGCAUCUUCUCUAGUUCUCAGUUGUCUUUGCGAUGUGAAACGACACUUGUCGUAAUCUCAGUUAUAAGAAAGCGCAAAUGUGAUUCUUGCUAUAACUCGACAAUAUUCGGCCGCCGGGUAACAAUAAAAAUAUUCACGCGCAAAAGUUCGCUACGCCAAUAAAAUAUGGAUUUGAUUAUUACUUGUGAAUUAAUUAAUUAAUGCAAAUUACAAACUCGUUGUGUUCAUUUGACGUCGAAACAUUAAUAUUUGCUCAGCUAAACGCAUUCAAUUUGCAACAAAAACAACACUAAAUUCAGAGUGAAAUUAUCUGUGAAAUAAAAUCGAAAAUAAUAAAGUCAUUUCUAUUUUGAGUACAUUGACUUUUUGUGUGCAUUUUGAAUUGAUUAAAAGCAUAGUUGGUAAGAAAUAUUAUACAACUUAAAAGAAAAUUGUAAAAAGUGUUUGCUGAAGUACAAAAACUAUUGUCAAAUGAAAAUAUAUACACAUAAGUCUGUAUAAUAUCAACUCGCCCUACCGUAAAUUCAUAAAAAGAACAAAAUAACAACAAAGGCAAGAGUUAUAUUUGAGUUAGCAGAGACUAGCACCAGUCCACUAUGUUAAAACCGGUGUUAAUUAGCGUCUUCUGCUUUGCUGCUUUUUUGUGUGGCUUAUCCUCGGCACAGUACAACCACUCCAAUGAAACGAUGGGGAAACCAACUUUCGGACGCUGCAUCACGCCAAAUGGUCGACCCGGUUCCUGUGUAAUAUUGCAACAUUGCAAAAAACUAUACUCUUUGCUACUAAAUCAGCCGUUACAUGAUGUGAAUAGACUAUACUUAAGUCAAAGCCAAUGUGGUUACCUAAAUCGAAAAGUGCUGAUUUGCUGCCCCGACCAAAAUAGCACGCCGCUUAUACUGAAACAAGCUACUGUAAAACCUAUCAAAUUGGAGCAAGGCUUCAAGAAAGCCGUACUCUUGGAUAAGAUUCCGAUCGAGUCCACAAAAACAAGGAAACUACCACGUCCCAGCAAAUGCGGACAGAUGACGUCAAGCCGAAUUUAUGGCGGCAAUGCCACAAAAAUCGAUGAAUAUCCUUGGAUGGCCCUUAUAGAAUACACAAAACCAUUCGGAAGUAUUGGCCAUCAUUGUGGCGGCUCUCUCAUCAACUCCCGCUAUAUUGUCACCGCCUCGCACUGUGUUAAUGGCAAAGCCUUGCCCAAAGACUGGCUGAUUUCCGCCGUACGUUUGGGUGAAUGGGACACGAAAACGAAUCCGGAUUGCGAAGUAGAUGUGCGUGGCGAGAAGGACUGUGCGCCACCGCACAUCGACGUGCCCGUGGAAAGUGCCAUACCACAUCCCCGAUAUGAUCCGAAUUCGUUAAACCAAAUUAACGACAUCGCGCUCUUACGUUUAAAGAAUGCAGUUACAUUCACCGAUUUCAUACGACCCAUUUGCCUGCCAUUGAACGAUAAUUUACGCACCGCCACCUUUGAUGACAUCAUCAUGGAUGUCGCCGGUUGGGGUAAAACCGAAUCAAAAUCAAGCAGUAAUAUUAAAUUGAAAGCCGAACUCGUUGGAGUGCCGCUGGGAAAAUGUCGUCAUGUUUAUUCACCGCAAAGUAUUUUACUAGAGGCCACACAAAUGUGUGCUGGCGGCAAGAAAGGUGUAGAUUCUUGUCGCGGUGAUUCGGGUGGCCCACUCAUCGGUCUGGGCACGACGGGCAGAGGACGUACAUAUUACUUUUUGAUUGGCAUUGUUUCUUUUGGACCGACAUCAUGCGGGCUAGAAGGUUGGCCAGGUGUUUAUACCCGCGUGGGACACUUUGUCGACUGGAUACAAGCAACAGUUGAGUCUUAAGUUCAUACAAAAGAAUUUACAUACAAAAAGAUUAUGUUUGCCGUUGAAAGCAAGAUUCCCAUUGUACGUGUACGCGGCGUGUGUUCGUGCACAAACUUAUGUAUACACAAACACAUGUAUAGAUAUUUAGAUAAUGCACGCAAGUGUGUGUUAAGUUCCUAGUCUGGCUAGCUUAGGUCACUAGAUCUUUUCAGUUUAAGAAAGGUACCUGAGGUUUGUGCCGUUUCUUUUAUCAUUUAGACUAAUGAUUUGUAUGCAAUUUAGUGUUUAGUUUGAAAAGGUGUGAAGUAAUGUCAAAUUCUUUGUUGGUAAAGAGUAAAGGUAUGCAAUAUGCAAAUGAUA